CCCUGGCACAGCCAUGGGGCAGAAAUGCAUGGAGAAAGUGUCCUCCUUCCUCUUCGAGUAUGACACCCCCAGGAUGGUGCUGGUGAGGAACAAAAAGGUGGGACUGACCUUCCGGCUGAUCCAGCUCAUCGUCCUGGCGUACAUCAUCGGGUGGGUUUUCCUCUAUGAAAAGGGCUACCAGUCUCAGGACAGCAUCGUCAGCUCAGUCUCGGUGAAGCUGAAAGGCCUGACGCUGACCAACGAGAGUGUCAUGGGCCCUCACAUCUGGGACGUGGUGGAUUAUGUUUUCCCCCCCCAGGGGGACAACUCAUUCGUGGUGAUGACCAACUUCAUUGUCACCCCUGGACAGAAACAAGGAACCUGCCCGGAGCUGCCAGAUGCCGGGCUCUGCACACAGGACAGCGACUGCAGCAAAGGGAAAUACAGCCGCCAGGGACAAGGGCUCAUGACAGGCAAGUGUGUGCAUUUCAACAGCUCUGUGAAGACCUGUGAGAUCUUUGGCUGGUGCCCCGUUGAAGUUGAUGACCACGUUCCCAGCCCUGCCCUGUUGUCAGAAGCAGAGAAGUUCACCUUGUUCAUCAAGAACAGCAUCACCUUCCCCAGGUUCAAGGUGUCCAGGCGCAACUUGGUUGAGAGCGUUACCAAACAGUACUUGAAGAAAUGCACCUAUCACAAAGUCACCGAUUCCUUAUGCCCCGUGUUUGACCUGGGAUACAUAGUGAAGGAAUCGGGUCAGAAUUUUACCUUCCUGGCUGUUAAGGGCGGAGUGGUGGGCAUCACCAUAGACUGGAACUGUGACCUCGACUGGCCCAUCCGGUACUGCAAACCCAUUUACCAGUUCCACGGCCUUUACAAUGAUGACAGUAACGUUUCACCGGGCUUCAACUUCAGGUACGCCAAAUACUACAAAGAAGACGGGACAGACAAGAGGACACUCUACAAGGUGUUUGGGAUCCGGUUCGACAUUUUGGUGAAUGGCAAGGCAGGCAAAUUUGACAUCAUCCCAACCAUGACCACAAUUGGCUCUGGAAUUGGUAUUUUCGGGGUGGCCUCUGUCCUCUGUGACCUGCUCCUGCUGCAUUUUCUCCAAGGACGGGACUAUUACAAGCAGAAGAAAUUCAAAUAUGCAGAACAGGAGCCUUCGAAGUCACAUAAGAAGCAAAAGGAGAUGGACAACACACAGUGA